AUGGUCCCCAGGCCGAGCGUCGCCCUGGCAGUCUAUGCCCUUCAGGGGCUCCUCCUGAUGCACGGUCUUGCUGAGGAAGAAUUUUUUGAGAAACCAAUGCUAAGCAUUGCAGAAGACCACAUUGUCAUCUUACCAGGAGACACCCUAAAAAUAAAAUGCAGGGGAGCCCCUUCUGUAAGUUGGCUUUUGAGAGAGGAGCAGAGGGAAGACCCCCGGGUGCACAUCAGUAACUGUGGCAAUAACACAAGGCAAAGCUGCAGCACGCUCAUCAUGAGGAAAGUCAUCGCUAACGACACCGGUUACUUCACCUGCGUUCGUGAUGACUCCCCAUCUAAUGAGGAGCUCAUGGCCAAGAUCUAUGUGUUUGUUAAAGACUACAGAAAUCCAUUUGUGAAGAUUAACCCAGAGCAUCCCGACAUAAUCUACAUUUUAGAUACUAAGAAAACGUUUAUUGUCCCGUGCCGAGUUACCUCACCAGAUAUCAAGCCUAAGCUUACCCAGUAUCCUUCUUCUGCAGAGGUGAGCUUCAGGAGGAUGGUGUGGGACCCAAGGAGAGGAUUUGUCAUCCCCUCUUUCUCUUUCAUUUACUCUGGAGUCCUCACGUGCACGGCAAACGUCAAUGGAAGCGUCUUCACUUCCUAUUACCUGGCACAGAGACUGGAGGACAGAGCACAGAACCUGGCUCUGAAAGCAACUCCCAAAAAGCUGCUGGUCGGAGAAACUCUGUAUCUGGAAUGCAGAGCAGAAACCUUUUACAACGGGCGCAUCGAGCUCAUCUGGACGUGUCCUAAUGGGAGACACCCUCAUCCUAAGAGAACAAUGAAGCAGAGUGACUCAGUGAAUAAGGUUGGGAGUAGCCUGACCAUUGAGAAUGUCACCAUGCAAGACGGAGGCCUGUACGUAUGCAAAACAUUCAAUGUAACGAGGCUGGAGGCCAACGUCACCGUGACAGUGUAUGACAAACCUUUCCUCACGGUUUCACAUAAGAAAGGGCCUUACUAUGAAACUACAUCAGGACACAAGUCAUUGAAAUUAGCUGCAAAGGUGGAUGCCUUCCCUCGCCCAAGCGUCACCUGGUACAAAGAUGGCAAACUGAUCAAGGACAACCACACUUGCUACGAGCUGGAUCCUAUCAAGUACAGGCUGGGUAUAAGAGAUGUGAGACCAAAGCAUGCUGGAAACUACACCAUCGUCUUGAGCAACGCAAAACACAGCCUGUAUAAGAACCUCACGAUGCAGCUGGUAGUGCGAGAGAGACCCAAAAUCUAUGAAAAGGAAACUGAUUUUGAUAAGAUUGUGCGGAUGGAAUUGAGAAGCAAACACAAAAUCCAGUGCACCGUAAGUGGGAACCCUGACCCGAAGAUCGAGUGGAAGUGGCAGCCCUGCAGCCUCACAGACACACUGUGCAACCCCAGUGGGCAAAAAAUUGUGGUUCGGGAGAACACGUUCAUAGGCAACAAGAUCGGAAGCAUUGAAAACAUACCCCUGAGGAACGGGGAUAAAAGAAAGAUUGUGAGCACACUAACCAUGGAAAACAGCAGUGCGUCAGGGAUCUAUUACUGUGUGGCUUCAAACAAGAUCGGCGAAGAAGAGAGGAGCAUUGAGUUCUACGUCUCAGAUGUGCCAUCUGGGCUGCAAACAGACCCACAAGUCACAACCAUUGUGGGGAAUGAGGUCCGGUUGACCUGUCGGGCCUCCAGGUACAUCUAUAGUCACCUGGCCUGGUACCACCCCUCCGCAGAGGCGGCUCGCAGCGACUCCGUCAUCAAGAAAACCGACAGAUAUUCCAUUUCUUUGACACUGGUCAUCACCAACGUCACGAAGGAACAGAGCGGCCUCUACAAGUGCAGAGCCCAGAACCAGCACAACAGCACUGACACGCUGGAGCAGCACACACAGCUCCUCGUCAGAGCAAAGGCAGCACCGUAUGUGAUACAAAACCUCACGGAUCUGGAGGUUAACAUCAGCGGCAAGAUCAUUCUGGAGUGCAAGGUCAGUGGGACGCCAGACCCUCAAAUCACGUGGAGGAAGAAUGGCUACCCCAUUUCAGCAGCAUCAGGAAUAUCCAUGGAAAAUAACACCCUGGUCAUUGAGCGAGUGAAAAAGGACGAUGAAGGGCUCUAUGAAUGCAGGGCAUCCAACGACAUGGGCCAAGACAGCACCUCAGCCUUCAUCAAAAUACAAGGUUCUGAGGAGAAAUCCAACAUUGAAGUUAUCAUUUUGGUCUGCACUGGCCUGGCCGCUACCCUUUUCUGGCUUCUUCUGACCCUUUUCAUUCGGAAACUGAGAAAACCUGACACCACAGAUAUUAAAACAGGAUACCUGUCAAUUAUAAUGGAUCCAGAGGAAAUGCCUCUUGACGAGCAGUGCGACCGCCUUCCCUACGACAGCAGCAAAUGGGAGUUCCCAAGAGACCGGCUGCGCCUGGGUAAAACACUGGGUCAUGGUGCUUUUGGGAAGGUGGUGGAGGCGUCUGCUUUUGGCAUUGAUAAAUCUUCAACCUGCAAAACAGUUGCCGUAAAAAUGCUUAAAGCAGAAUGUGCAACUACUAAUGAAUGCAAGGCUUUAAUGUCUGAGCUGAAGAUCCUCAUCCACAUAGGACAUCAUCUGAAUGUAGUCAACCUCCUGGGAGCCUGCACCAAAGCUGGAGGUCCUUUAAUGGUCAUCGUCGAAUAUUGUAAAUAUGGAAAUCUGUCCAACUACUUAAGAGGAAAACGAGGAGAUUUCAUUGCAUACAAGUCCCAGGAAAACUCUGACCAAGCAGAGAAAAGCCUGGACGAGUCCAACUGUGAUUUGACUGAACUGAUCAAGAGGCGCCUCGAGAGCGUAGCCAGCACAGGAAGCUCUGCCAGCUCAGGAUUUAUUGAAGAUAAGAGUUACAGCGAUUCAGAAGAUGACGAAGAAGAUGCUGAGGAUCUGUACAAGAGGCCCCUGACUUUGGAGGACCUGAUUUGCUAUAGCUUCCAAGUGGCAAAAGGCAUGGAGUUUCUCGCCUCCCGAAAAUGCAUUCACCGGGACUUGGCAGCGAGGAACAUCCUUCUUUCGGAGAACAACGUGGUGAAGAUCUGUGACUUUGGGCUGGCCAGGGAUAUCUAUAAGGACCCCGACUAUGUACGGAAAGGAGAUGCAAGACUUCCACUCAAAUGGAUGGCUCCCGAAGCUAUUUUCGAUAAAAUUUACACAACACAGAGUGACGUAUGGUCUUUUGGAGUGCUGCUAUGGGAAAUAUUUUCUCUAGGUGCCUCGCCAUACCCUGGAGUGCAGAUCGAUGAGGACUUUUGCCGACGGCUCAAAGAAGGGACCCGGAUGAGAUCUCCAGAGUACUCCACUCCAGAAGUCUACCAGACGAUGCUGGACUGUUGGCAUGGAGUGCCCACGGAGAGACCUACUUUCACCGAGCUUGUGGAGCGCUUAGGAGAUCUUCUUCAAGCCAAUGUACAGCAGGUACAGCAAUACAAACGUUUCUUCAACAAAUGUGUACAUAUACGUGUCUAUGCGUGUGGAUAUGUGGACACGUGUGCACAG